AUGGCGCCUAAAAGUCCAGCUGUGACUCCUUCAGGCAUGAAGACCAAGACGAGCGGACCAAAUUUGAAGGGUAUUCUAAAGCGCAGAGAUGUCUCCGAGCCCAUCCCCGGGGGUGCGAAACGACGACAGAUACAUACCAAGUCGUCCGCGCCAACCCUGAAAUCUCACAAUGUAACUGGCUCCUUCCCUGAGACCUCGGGGCGGCACCAGUUACUGAACAAGUUUUCUGCCCCUGGCUUCAAAAGCAAGCGCUCUGAGCCAUAUCUGACAAAAAGUGUCACCUUAACGUCCUCGUUGCGGGAAAGAGGCGCACCACGCUCUCCGCUUGUUCCACCACAAGUCCCAGGGCUCCGAAAGGAGACAUCCAGCUGGACAGUUGGGGCCACUGAUAAGAACCCAUCUGCCCCCCGCUUCAUGGCUUUCGAGAAGGCAAAAGAGAUCAAGCCCGUGCGCUACAGACCAUGUCCAAAGACUACCGAGUUCAAGAUGCCCACGAUCAUCGGGUGCAAGCCAAGUAGACUGAGGGCUGUGGAACUCGCGGCGAAACGGGAGACAAGAUCCGAGAGAAUCCUCAAGGCAGUCAGGGACCCUCGCGGCAUGGUAGUAAAGAAAUGCAAAGGUGUGAUGAGAAACUGUACGCAAAUGAGGGUGCUGAAGAGAGUACACGGGUGCCUCAACACAGCCAAGCUGGGUGGCUCAAAGCGAACUAAACAAGUUGAGUACAAGCCGAUCUAUCGGUUGAGGCAAAUCAGAAGGGCUUCAGUGUUCCUCAGCUUACCCAAACCUCAGCGGCCGCUUUCAGUUGCCAGUGUCGAAGACGCAGUCCUGGGUAACCGACGAAGAUUCUCCACCGUGGCUACAUUCAGUAAAAGUGCCUCUGCGUCUGCAUUCUCAUUGCUGAAUUCAGGGAAUGGCCAAGGCACCGAGGCCCAAGGGAAGUCAGUGAAUGAAGUGGAGGAUGACGACCGCAAAGUGCGAGCGUCUUUGAUUCCCUACCGCGAGUGGCUAGUGUUUUUGCAAGGCAACACAAACCCAUACAACGAGGACGAAGAGAGCCAGAAGCCCACCCCCCCAGAAACCCCUGUCCCCGACCAAACACAUGUUCGUCCUCUGUUUUCCCUCUCUGAAGACGCUUUUCGCAACUCUCCCCCUUCACCUCCCACUUCCGAAGAUCCCCUAGACUCUCCAUCCCCAACCCCUUCUGAAGUUACAAUUACUCCUGCAAACGCUCAUCAUUUCCUCAAAAUGUCUCCUAGCACCGCAUCGAGUUCCCACGACCCAUUUGUGGACUUCCCACAAACGGUUAGAGAGGAAAAAGGCGACGGGAAGCCAUGCGCUUCUCACACCGUUUCCAUCGAAUCAGCCGCUCACGAAGCAGGCCGUAGCUCUUCUUCUAGCGAGGAAGAAGCACACACCUUGCAGCCACUGCGUUACCGACCUGGAUGCGAGACAGCGGGCGUCGAUCCAGCUCCCAAUGUAUCCCAGCCGGCGAGGGACACAAAGACUCAGACCUACAGUCGGGUGCUUCGUGGUCCUGCUCAUUUGCAGGCACAAGUGCCAGCUCUGGCUGGGCACAAAGGAGCGAGAGCUACACCAGAGCCUCGUAGCUCCAUUCCCGUGGCCAUCCGUAAACAUAGUGUUGAACAAAUGCCCAACUCACAGAACGAGCCUGGAGAUACCUUCUCGGGAGGCAUACGAAUGGUUGAAAAGCCAAGAGGGCCGCGUCCGCAUCAGAAGAAAACUGCCCAGAAAGAACCAAUCAGCAAGACCGAGAGGGCUGAAUCCAUUUCAUCGUCCUCUGUAAGUGAUUGGGACUUCAACGACGAGCCUAAACGGCCUACCAAUGUGUACACCGGGGAAUAUCGCCAGCGAGAUAAACCGCACCACGGGCCUACGCUCAAAAUCGCACCCUCUGCAGAGAAAAUAAUCAUGGGUGCGGCGAGCGAGGGAAGCGACUAUGUCGUUACCCAGCGCUCCAACCCGGCCCUGGUCGAGUAUUCUGAUACCCCCAAACGUCUGCAGAAAAAACAGAACACUGACAAAGAGGUUGCCGACGCUUCUCCCCAAAGCCCAGACUCUUCUGAGAGAACCCCUCUGGCCCGGAACUUUUGUCGACCCCAGAUCUCGCUGGAAGGUUUCUCUAGAAGGGACUUCAGUGGCCGAGAAUUAGCUAUUCAGCGGAAAGCUCUUCACAGCCCCAGCUCUCCAAGUCUGUCUAGAAGCCCGGCACACUCGAGUCCUGGCCCCGGACCAUCCGUGCCCAGUAUCCCAGCCGAACAUCGGGCCAGUGAUAAAGGAUCAGUGUCGGCUACGCCCCCCAAGUCGCCAUUGAGAGCACUUGCGCCAGACUCGCAUGGAGGUGGGGGCUCUGGUCCAGGGAGUGUUACUACCACCGUGCGACGAUUCCCUCCACGGACGUCGUCCCUUCAAGCCGUGGCAGAUUUCCCAAUUCAUUCAGAGACCGCGAGUCCCGCUGACGCUGAUCACAAGCGGGAUGUUACUUUUGAUGACAUUGUGCCUAAGCAUCCUGGUGGUAAAGUCCAGGUCGCUCCAAGUGGGACUGGGGAUCGACUCGUGGAUUCUAGGAGUACUCGCGUGCUCGAUAGCUUUCGCAGCAUCUUCAAAUCCAGGAGCACCACGGAGAAAGGACGUGGACGCCAGAAUGAGAAUGAGCCUCCUGGAGCAGCGAGCAAGGACACCACUGCUGACAGCGCGAAGCCGACCAAAGAUGUCGAUGAUGGUAAGAGUAUGAAGGCCAAGGCUAAAGGCUGGGCUCGCACCACGCGCAGCUCUAUAUCCCCCGAGACGCAGACCACAGAGGAUGUCCGCACACCGUCCUUUGCGCGGCCCACCAAAUCGACUCGUACCAAAGCUGCAUCCAACUCUCGACUACAGACCCCCCUUCAGCCAGACGGUCGUAUCCGCCGAGCGGCAGCGGCAGCAGCAGCGUCCACCGGUAGCCCUAAGCGGUCCAGCGGUGCAUAUCGACGCUCGCACGUCUUGAUGCCACAGCGCAUCUCGACACCCUCUCGGCCCAUUGGGUCCGCUCACGCUAUUGCGAUGGUCAUGAAGGAUGAAGCGCAGGAUUUAUCGCGAAAGCUGGAUGACAUCCCCAUCUGUAUCACUGAUCUCUGCAGCAAGGCGCGUGACGCGGACACGCCGGUGAAAAGGGAGAAAUACCUCAAAUUGGCACUCACUCUGCAGCAGCAGUUCAGCGACUACGGAGCGGCGGAAAAGGAAGCCGUUGAGGCGGAAGUUUUGAUGGAGAAGAAACGGGGAGAGAAAUGCGUUGCGGAAAACUGCCUGUUCGAGCAUUUCUCGCACAUCCUCGCGGUGAUGGAGGAGGAUUAA